UCUCUUGUUUUUCAGUUUUCUACUGGGAAUCCAUUAUAUGAAACUUACUACAAACAGGUAGAUCCAGCAUAUACGGGGAGAGUUGGGGCAAGUGAAGCUGCGCUGUUUCUUAAAAAAUCUGGUCUCUCUGAUAUUAUCCUUGGAAAAAUAUGGGAUUUGGCUGACCCAGAGGGUAAAGGAUACUUGGAUAAACAGGGUUUCUAUGUUGCGUUGCGCCUAGUAGCAUGUGCACAGAAUGGCCAUGAUGUUAACCUGAGCAGUCUGAACUUGACUGUGCCGCCUCCUAAAUUUCAUGACACUAGCAGUCCUUUGCUGAUCACACCACCUUCAACAGAGACUCACUGGGCUGUUAGGGUGGAAGAAAAAGCAAAGUUUGAUGGUAUUUUUGAAAGCCUUUUGCCAGUAAAUGGUUUACUUUCAGGAGACAAAGUAAAACCAGUACUGAUGAAUUCAAAGCUACCUCUUGAUAUCCUAGGAAGGGUCUGGGAUCUCAGUGAUAUUGAUAAAGAUGGUCACCUGGACAAGGAUGAAUUUGCUGUGGCAAUGCAUUUGGUUUAUAGAGCUCUUGAGAAAGAGCCAGUUCCUUCACUAUUACCCCCUUCUCUCAUACCACCUUCUAAAAGAAAGAAGACACCUGUCUUUCCUGGUGCAGUUCCUGUUCUCCCUGCAAGUCCUCCACCAAAAGAUAGCCUCCGUUCUACCCCAUCUCAUGGUAGUGUCAACAGUCUGAACAGCACAGGGAGUUUGUCUCCCAAGCACAGCAUCAAACAAGCACAGCCAUCUGUGAAUUGGGUAGUACCAAUGUCUGAAAAAGUGCGAUACGAUGAAAUUUUCUUAAAAACAGACACAGACAUGGAUGGUUUUGUGAGUGGCCAAGAAGUAAAGGACAUUUUUAUGCAUUCAGGUCUGUCUCAGAAUCUCCUAGCACAUAUAUGGGCUUUGGCAGACACAAGACAGAUGGGAAAGCUAAGCAAAGAUCAGUUUGCACUAGCAAUGUAUCUCAUUCAACAGAAGGUCAGUAAAGGGAUUGAUCCUCCACAAGUGUUGUCCCCAGAUAUGAUCCCUCCCACAGAGAGGAACACUCCCAUACAGGAUAGUUCAAGUUCUGUUGGAUCAGGAGAAUUUACAGGCGUGAAGGAACUGGAUGAUAUUAGUCAAGAAAUUGCACAGCUGCAGAGAGAAAAAUACUCGCUAGAGCAAGACAUUAGGGAAAAGGAAGAAUCAAUCAGACAGAAAACCAAUGAAGUUCAGGAACUACAAAAUGAUUUAGAUAGGGAGACAAGUAACUUGCAAGAGCUAGAGGCUCAGAAGCAAGAUGCCCAAGACCGCCUGGAUGAAAUGGACCAGCAGAAAGCCAAACUGAAAGAUAUGCUGAACGAUGUAAGGCAGAAAUGCCAGGAAGAAGCACAGGUGGUGAGUAUUUCAUCACUAAAAAUGCAGAUUCAAUCUCAGGAAUCAGAUUUAAAAUUACAGGAAGAUGACCUUAAUAGAGCAAAAGCAGAGCUGAAUCGCCUCCAGCAAGAAGAGACUCAGCUAGAGCAGAGUAUCCAGGCUGGAAAAGUGCAGCUUGAAACAAUAAUCAAAUCUUUAAAAUCAACACAGGAGGAAAUAAACCAGGCAAGAAGUAAACUUUCUCAACUUCAAGAUAGUCAUCAAGAAGUCAAUAAGAGUAUAGAAGAAUAUAAUGAAGCUCUCAAUGGGAUUCACGGCGGUAGUCUGACGAAUUUAGCAGACAUAAGUGAAGGCCUUGGGCAGACGGAAAGAAGCAAUUAUGGAGCUAUGGAUGAUCCAUUUAAGAAUAAAGCCUUGAUGUUUACCAAUAAUACACAAGAAUUGCAUGCAGACCCAUUCCAGUCAGAAGAUCCUUUCAAAUCUGAUCCAUUUAAAGGAGCAGACCCUUUCAAAGGCAGUGACCCAUUCCAGCAUGAUCCUUUUGCAGAACAACCACCUGCUCCAGCAGAUCCAUUUGGAGGUGAUCCAUUUAAGGAAAGUGACCCAUUUCGUAGUUCUGCCCCUGAGGAUUUCUUCAAGAAACAGGUGAAGAGUGACCCAUUUACCUCAGAUCCAUUCACAAAACCCCCAACUUUACCCUCAAAGCCUGACCCUUUUGAAAGCAGUGAUCCUUUUACGUCUUCCAGUAUCUCUUCAAAAGGUCAAGAUCCAUUUGGAACACUGGAUCCAUUUGGAAGUGGUGCUUUCAGUAGUGGUGAGGGAUUUGCAGACUUCAGUCAGAUGUCAAAGUCAGUAGCUUCAGACCCCUUCGCCUCCUCUUUUGGAGGGAUGGGAUUCUCAGAUGACCCUUUCAAAAGCAAAUCAGACACACCAGCGUUACCACCGAAGAAAAAUGUCCCUCCACGACCCAAGCCACCCAGUGGUAAAAGUACUCCUGUAAGCCACCUUGGGUCUUCAGAUUUUCCCAAGCCCCAUGAUCCAUUCCAGCCAUUUGGGGCUGACAGCAGUGACCCGUUUCAAAGUAAAAAGGGGUUUGGGGACCCAUUUAGUGGAAAAGAUCCAUUUGCUCCCUCCUCUUCAAGUAAAACUUCUAAAGACUCUUCCUUGGGGUUUGCAGACUUCAGCUCUUUUGGAAAUGAAGAACAGCAGCUGGCAUGGGCAAAGCGUGAGAGUGAAAAAGCAGAGCAAGAAAGACUAGCUCGAUUGCGGAGACAAGAGCAAGAAGACCUUGAGUUGGCUAUUGCACUCAGUAAGGCUGAUAUGCCAAACUCUUAAAUAGAGGUUCUUUGGCUCCACCCUGUCCAAGUGAAACCUUUAAACAUGGCUUUUAUAAAAAUACUAAAUUCUUGGUUUAUGUUGUGAAAAUAAGUUUAGUCACCUUCAACUCUAAACAAGACUGGCUGGUUACGUCAAACUGGGUUCUGUGUGGCUUUUCAAGUGCAUAAUAUGCAGGAAACACUGUAUAAGCUGUAUUACACGUUCUAGAUAAAAUUUACUGCUUGUAAGAAAUUUAACGUAUGAUCCUAAGAUAGUGAAAGCAAAGUUUCUUUAUCUGGAAGACAAUGUUGCGUAUAGUAAACUGCAACUUGUGAAUCUGGCUUUUCUGAAUUCCAUUGGUUUUUUGAGGCUGCAGUAUGAAUUUCAAAGAAAAUGUCAUAAAAAGUUAAUAUUUAUAGAAUUAGCUUUCACUUGUUACAUUGAUUUAAUAAUCCGUGGUAGGCUAAUCAGUAUGUCAUCUAUGUCAAAGUCUUCAGCAUAAAUUAAUUAUUAGAUGGUCCCUUUCUAUCCAGGAGAUGCGGUUCUUACAAAAGAAUAUGGCAAUUUAUAUAUGAUGAAUACAGACAUAGUGAACUGUAUAAAAUAAUACGAAUUUGAAGCCUCUAUGAAUGAGUAGUUCUUCUAAUUUAAAUAUUUGUUUGCAUUGAGUUUUAAUAAUUGUAUGUGAUGUUGUAAAAGAGGGAGUUAAUUCAGUUGUAGUAAAUUGCACAACUAAUUUGGUGAUUAAACCAUUAGGUAAAAAUCUUGCUUUAUCUCAUAAGCAAAUAUGAUUGCAGGGUUGUGAUACAAGUUUGAGUGCUGCUUUCAUGUAAAAUCAAGUGAUGGAAGACUUACUGAGCUUGAGCAGUGUUCAUCCCUACAACUCAUUUUACCCUCUUUUGCUCCAACUGCCAGAACAUAGACCGUAUUAUUUGUGUUACCCAAUGGACUGGGUGAGACAGUCCCUGUCUCUGUUUCUUUAAUUCCACCUAUCUUAUAUUAUGGGGUUACAGAUCAAACAUAGUUUAGCUGAAAUAAGGCCAAGUUGAAACAGAUUUUAUUUGCCAAAUACAUGUUCAUGCAUAAGUUAUAGAAGUACUGGUAGUCUGGAUUGGCUUUAAAAUACGGCUUGUGGUAGUAAGUCCAAGUAGGAACAGAUUUUAUAUAUACCUGUAGAACUCAAUACUUCCACCUGGUAAGGAUAACACAGAAUGUGUUUUACAUGUCAAAUAUAUAAUAAGUCCUUAUGAUACUUCUGUGAAUUAUUGACUUACUAAAAAUGCCUUUUCUGAUUACAGGAAUUCUAAAACUUCCGUUGACUUUGCCUUGGACUUUUAUGUCUAACGAGAGUAGGCAUCUAGCACAAAAUUUUUAAAAUGUCCUUAAUGUGUAUCUGCUUUCCUGUCAUUAGUUCUGUAGGAAUACAAAGCUUAACAUUCUGUGUUUUUACUGACGCGGCCCUUAUAAUGUUUUCUCUAUUUUUUUGAAAAUGUGGUAUUCCUUCAUCAUCUUCAAUGCAUUUAUAUUUUUUACAUUCUUGCUUCCUUACUUUUAUUUUUCACAAUACAAAGAUAGUGCCUGUUCACUGAAUGAAAACAAUCUUUCCCCAUUCUGUUGUAAUUGCCUUAUAUUCUGGAUGCUUUCCUUACACAGAGAUAAGAAUCAGAUUGCAUCAUUUUAAUCUUAGUAGUUUUCAGCCCCGAAAUGCAGCUAAGAUGUGGCAUUUGUUGUCUCAGGCAUUUGUGAGUAGGUAUAUGGGGGAGUAUGUGUCUGUGUAUGUACAUGCACACACACGUGCCCACAUCCAUCCAUUUACAUAGGCAGCAAUACAUAUGACAAAACUGAAACCCCGUAUCCCAAAAUGCAGUUUUAGGAGUCACAGUUUGCAGUUUGUUGUAUGUCUCCUGUGCUAAUGGUACUACAAAUAAUGUGAAUCUUUAAUUCCUCUCAGAAGGGGAGAUGUAUUCUAGUAUCAAAACCAACCAUAUAAUGAUCUUUAAUACUGUCUUCUAAUAACCCCUUUGGAAUGCAGUAGAAGGUAUUUCUAAUUUUACAGAACCUGAUUUGAAAUCCCUUCCCACUGUGGUAAUUUUUCUCUAAAAUAUGUUAGGUUAAAUGAUCAAACAUACUAAAAUGUCAACAAAUUCUCUUUUCUGUUGAUGUACAAGACUUGAAGCCUCUGAGAGCAAACUUGGGUCUGUCUAUAGCUAACACGAGAUAAAACUUUUGCUAUGAGAGAGCAAUUUUCAAAAUUGAAUGGUUGCAGGAUUCUCAGUGAAGUUAAACAAAUUGUAUCCAUGUGUAAGAUUCUCCUUUCAUUUUCAUUUGGGUCUGAGUCUUUGUGGUGUCUCUUCUGCUACAAUAAAACCCCAUUCAUAUGUAGUGCCAUUUUAGAAAGGAAAACCACUUUUGGCCUACUGCUUGGAUGAUGUCGCUCCAGUGGGACGGGGUGGAUGAGCUAAAUAGCUUGAUUCAUUAUCUGAGUUAUGUACCAUAACAAGACUUUCUGCUACUUUGUCAGUGCUCUAAAAUACUGUAAUUUAUAAUGCUUCUCAGGCAAUGAGUCUGUGUUUUCAAGAUGUUCAGCAGGAAGCCAGAAAUGUGAAUUAAUCUAGCAUUCCAUAUAGUGUUAGAACUAAUUGCUCAUUUUCCUAUUUCCUUAUUGACUCAUUCUUCAUAUUUGCUUGGACAAUAACAGAAGAUCAAGCAAAUGAACAAGGACAGAACAUGUUCUCUAUGCACAGUGUAUUAGAUUUAGUACCCUUAGGUUUACUGAAACACUCUUGAUUCAAAAUUUUAGACACUGCAGUAGAAGAAAACUUAGCUAUGAUUUCUCCCCAUUGUAUUUAAUACAGUUUUCCAUAUAAAAAGGAAGAUUACCCACAUUCUUCCCUUAUGCUUGUAACUCAGUGUUUUGUAUAAUACCUGCACUUGUUCUUCUAAGACAAAGCUUUUAUCGCAAGACAUUGAUCAUCUUCUUCCUCCAGAACAGUGAAAUUUAAAGCACAAAUAGGGCUAUCGCUAUUUGGGCAGAGAAAAUAUGUACAAUGCAAGAUAUAUAAAAUGUGAGUAUACACAAUGCAUAUACAGUGUACAUUAUGAGAUCCAUAUUAUUUGUGUCUAUGUGUG